CUCCUGCUUCCCCUCAGCUCCCUCCCUUUCCUGCCGGCCUCUCGGCAGAGGAUGUGUCUGGGAGAGAGAGUGCGCGCGUGAGGUGGGGGUAAAGGGGAAAGCCGUCAGUAGAAUGGAUAUGCGCCCUCUCUCCUCCACCCUCUCUUCUCCUUCCUCUCCUCCUCUGCCUCCUCUCCGGCUCUGCUCGGCCUUCCCGGCCCGCGUUGCGCACUGGUCGCUCCCUCAGCGCUGGCCCUCGGGGGUUGAAGGAGUCUCGUUGGGCGGACGGGUGGCUGAAAACUGAACUUCAAUGUCAGCUGGGAACCAGAAGAAUGGAGGUGACAAACCUAAAGAGGUUGCUGUGUGGCCAGAGGUGGAGCGGGCAGAGUGCUUGGCCCGCGGCGCUGCUCUGAAGUGGGCGUCUGGAGUUUUCUGUCGGCCCGAACAUCUGGAGCGACUGAGCCAGUACAAGAAGAGAGAGAGCCAGAGGACGGCCUCCAUCCACACCAGACUGAAGUCGAUGGUUCAGUCGUACCUGGAGGGGGUCGGCUGGGGCCUGGAGCAGCUGCGGGAGGCCCGGGACGAGCUGAGGGAGGUGUCGCUCACCCUGAAGGAAGCAGGACUGGAGUCGGAUGGAAACACAGACUGCUUGGCGUCUCUGGAGAAGCUGAGAGAGGUUUCGGUCGACCAUCGCCAGCUCUUCACCACCGUCAGCAACCUGCCUCGACUUUACGCCAUACGGAGCAUGGUGCUGGAGACGGAGCGUCUGGUGGAGUCCAGGCGGCUCCUGGAGGCCCACGCCCGGCUAAUGGAUCUGGAGCGCUGGCAGGACGACAUCCUCUGGCAGCUCCACGGGGCCGCUGGGACGGCAGGAGGUUCACUCAGCAGCGAGGACACGGAGCUGGUGGCCAAAUAUUUCUCUGGAGUCGGGCAGCUGGUGGACGCCCUGGGGAAGGAGCUGUGGGCCGUGGUGAGCAGCUCUCUGGCUCUGGCCCGCCAGAACCCCACGCCGUUUGUGUCCGCGGUGAGGAUAGUGGAGCGGGAGGAGGCCCUGGACCGGGCUCUGCUGGCGGAGAGAGGCGGCGGCGGCGGCGGCAGGCCGCUGCCCGCAGGAAGACCUCGCUGCUGGAAGGCCUGCUUCUUCCAGGUACUAGAGGAGGCGGUCUCUGCGCGAUUUCGCAGCGUUUCCUAUCUGCACACGCGAGGCCCGGGUUUGGCGGGCCACCUCUCUGCCCUCCAGCACGCCGUCAUGGCUGACCUGGCCACAGUGCGCCACCUGCUGGAGCACUGCGUCCCACCUCACUACCAGCUGACUGCAGCUUACCUGAGAGCCAGCCACCGCUGUUUACAGACUCACCUGGCGCAGGUUAGCAGCUGGGAUCUGGAGAGCGGCGAAAUAUUUGCCGUGCUCAACUGGGUGCUGCACAUCUACAACAGCCCAGAUAUGAUGGGACAUCCAGAGCUGGUCACAGAGUUGGACAGAUCAGAGCUGGGACCGCUCAUCUCCAUUGAGGGCGUCGAGCAGCUGCAGAGCAAAUACGUGCAGAGUGUCCGGAAGAGCGUAUCUGAGUGGAUGCACAAAGCUCUGCAGGUGGAGCUGCAGGACUGGCAGAGAGAUCAGGAGCCGGAUUCGGACCACGAAGGAUUCUACCACACCAGCCUUCCCACCAUCAUCACUCAGAUGCUGGAGGAGAACGCCCGGGUGGCUCUGAUGAUCGGGGAAUCCCUGCGAGAUCAGACCAUCCAGAUGGGGCUGUAUGAGGUAGAGAACCUCCUCAACAGGUUCCGGGAAGCUCUGGUUGAAUUUGGGAAGGAGCACCGCAGGGAUCCAACCAACAACAAAAACAAGUUCUACCUCCACUACCUGCUGGCCUCCAUCAGCAACUGCAUCAUCCUCAAAAAGUCCACGGAGAGCCUGCAGCAGCAGCAGUCGUCCCGCUUUGCAGGAAUGUUCUCUCGGACUCCCCCCAACCCUCUGGCAGCUCUAGACCGGGCGGUGAGGCGGGCGUGUCGACUGGUGAUGGAUCAGCUGCUGCUGGAGCUUCAGCCCUUCCUCCCCGGCCUGCUGACCCGACCCUGGCUGGUCCAGGGAGAUCCAGUCCCGAAACUGUGCAGCGUCCUGGAAAGUCACUUGGACUUGUACGGUCGAGUGCGGCCGCCCUGCCGGCAGCGGCUGCAGGAGGAGGCCCAGUGGCUGAUGGUGGUGGAGUACGUCCGGGCCCUGAUGCAGAAGAAGCUGGUGUGUCGGAGCAGCGAGGAGAGGAGGCAGCUGGCCCAGCAGAUGAUCCUGGACGACCAGCUGCUCAGAGAAGUCUUCCACAGCCUGUCUCAGCAGGAUAGCGAGGUGUCGCUUCCUGAAGUGAAUCCUCUGGCUUUGCUCCCCGUUCUGGCUGACUUCAUCCGUCUCAAAGAUCCCGGCAUGCUCACUCUGGAGGUUUCUGGACUUGCAGCCAAAUAUCCGGACAUCAGUGAGGAGCACGUGUCUGUGCUGCUGGACGUCCGUGGAGACGUUUCCAGGGACAUCCGAUGGGCCGUGCUGGACCUGCUGGAGCAGAGCGCCCCCCCCCUUCCAGCCGGAUACCGGCCCAUCUUCACAGACAUCCUGGUGCCGCCCUCCACCUUGGCCUUCUGCCUGCCGACGGCCAAGUGUGCAUGACUAGAUGGUGGAUCAAGCGGGGAAAAGCAUCCUCUUCUGUCCAGAUUUUUGGAGCGUGACGGAUCUGUUUCUGCUGCAGCUUAUCAGGGAAAAAGUUUGUGACUUGCUGGUUCGGGUCUGACUUCUAUUCACUGUAAAGAUCUGUCGUGCCUUAACACUGGAAUGACCGUCUCUCUCCCUCAGCUGGUUCUCAAAGUUAAUGCUACAGAUUUAUUAUAAAUUGCAUAUAAAUGGUUUUACUCAGACCUGAUAUUUAUUGUCAAAUCUUGUCCUUGUUUAGGGAAUUCAAUCCAGUCUGACCUACAGUGUGUCCAUUUAAAAAAAAUAAAAACAACAAAUAUUUGUUUCACUCACUCUCAUAUUUAUUUGCGUGAAAAAAUCAUCAGAUAUUUUUUUGCAUUUUAUUGGAUGCAUGUUAAAGUCAACAUAUACAAUAAAAACUAAAGGUAAAUACAUGAGUUUUUCAGGAGAAUGCCCCCCUGUGAGUAAGAGAUAAACAUACUGCAUAAUGACUCUGGUUUAAAAUCAUUACUUUUAUUACCAUUAGGUUAUUAUUUUCCAAAAACCUGACUUUUUUUCAAAGUUGUCUCCUCCUUUGUUGUUUAUACCAGAUUUUUUUUUUUUUUAAUUGUUGCAUAUUUAUUGUAUUUAAGUGGUGGUGUUUUUUUUUUCUUUUGUUGUAUGCACUGUAAACUUGAUCACAUUGAAUUUUAAAUAAAAAUUUUCGAAGUAGA